AAUCAUUUAACUUCGUUGAACCUUCUUCCGGAUUCACACGUGCUCGAAUGGUAAACUGCGUUCCGUAAUGCUGAACGUAUAGAUACGAUUUAUUUAUACGAUGGCAAACCGAUAAUAAGAAUUAGGAUAGUACAACACUAUUAUUGACAAAAGUUUUUUUUAAUAAUAGAAACAUCGACUGCCGAUUUGUGUAUUCAUUUGUGCUGUGAUUUUGUACAAACAAUUUAUUCAUUUUAUUAAUUAAAAUGAGCACAUCGUGUCUUUUAUUAUUUAUGAUAGCACCUCUAUAGUAAUACUUUAAUUAGAAGACUGUUUUAAAAGCCAAAUUAAUCACUAGUCGUUUACAUUUUUUACUUAAUCGUAAUCUGCAGUGCAGAAUUUAAAUACCUCACAUAUACAUUAUCGUAUUACGCACAAAUCCUGUUUAUAAAACGGUGUGCGCUUCGGUGCGAUAAAUAUUAUUUUGCUGCAUAUUGGUGCAUAACUGCUGGCAUCAUGAAGCGUCAAAACGUCCGCACUCUAUCCCUGGUGGUGUGCACGUUUACAUAUUUGUUGAUCGGCGCGGCAGUUUUUGACGCUUUAGAAUCGGAAACUGAGAGCAAAAGAUGGGAAGUUCUUUCUGACAUGAGAAAUGGUCUUAUGCGCAAAUACAACAUAACGCCUGAAGACUACCACAUGAUAGAGAUAGUUAUAAUAGAAAACAAACCCCACAAAGCGGGGCCCCAGUGGAAGUUUGCCGGGGCAUUCUAUUUUGCCACUGUUGUGCUGGCUAUGAUUGGGUAUGGACAUUCUACUCCUGUGACUGUGGGGGGCAAAGCGUUUUGUAUGGCUUAUGCCAUGGUGGGCAUUCCCCUAGGUUUGGUGAUGUUCCAGAGUAUAGGCGAGCGUUUGAACAAGUUCGCGUCAGUUGUGAUACGCAGGGCUAAGUGCUAUCUUCGAUGCGAGACCACGGAGGCCACAGAAAUGAACCUCAUGUUUGCUACGGGGAUGCUAUCUAGUAUUAUUAUUACUACAGGUGCCGCAGUGUUCUCUCGUUACGAGGGCUGGAGUUACUUCGACAGUUUCUACUACUGCUUCGUGACGCUAACGACCAUCGGGUUUGGGGACUAUGUGGCGUUACAGAACGACCAAGCGUUGACUAGUAAGCCAGGCUAUGUAGCCCUGAGUUUAGUGUUCAUCUUGUUCGGUCUAGCGGUGGUAGCUGCUAGCAUCAAUCUGCUGGUGCUUCGGUUUAUGACCAUGCAAGCAGAAGAAAACGCCCGCGACGAAGAGAAGGAAGCCGCCCGGACCAUCCUCCAGCUCGACGCGCACGGGCUCGAGGGCCGCCACCACGACGACCAGGCUUCGGUAAGCGACGUGUGCUCGUGCAACUGCCUGGGCAGCAAGGCGUGCGAGGGCGAGCUGCUGCCCGCCGCCUCGCACGGGGGUUCGCUCGAGAUACUCGAACGCGCCUCCGUCUGAACACAUGCCUUCGGAGAAUCGGUCACUCAGUGCAUCUGAGUGAGAUUCAUCGCACAAACAUCACCUUCAAACUAGACAUACAUAAAUAGUUUUACACCUACUUCCUUUAUCUGUAAAAGUAUGAAACAUUUGAAUAACACUACACCUGUAGGAUUAUGGUCGUGUUUAAAUACCUGGUUUACAUUUACACUAGGCAUUCUCGAAACUGGCUCCCAUAAAUCUUAAAUAUGUUGUAAAAUACAUUUAAAAUCGAAAUGAUAAUAAAUAAGGAUAACUGUCUUAACUUAGAGCGUAAAAAAUGACGAAGAUAAAGGGAAAGUAAUCAAACGCCGUUACAUUUAAUGAAGUCAAUAAUUAGAGAUAUAAACUAAUUUUAUUACUUCGCCUUGGCGUCGAAUUUAACGUAAUUGUAAAUAAAAUAAAAAUAAAGUAUUAAAUAAAUACUAAAAUGACGAUGAUACUCCUAAAGCAUAAUUAUUAAACCAGUAAGUUUUAACUUAUUUUAGGGCACAAAUAGUGCUUCUUUUCUUCUUAAAAGCUUGUAGGGCUGCCCUUUUUAUUAAUAAAUGCAUUUUAAAAUGUUAAAAAAUAAGAUACUUAUUCAUUCAUAUUUGCAAAACAUAUUUGUUUUGUUAUUUCACUUAUUUAUAGCUAAUGUUGUAUGAUGAAAUCCUUUUAUUCCAUUUUGUUUUAACAUAAAUAGGUAUUAAGUACCUUAUUCCCAAAUAUCAUUAAGAGGCUGUCAACACCCAAUGUCCUUGAAAUUGAUGUUACUUAAACAGUUUUUUAAGAAAGACUAUUUGUUUUAGUCAAGUAAGAAAAAUAUAUGUUCAUAUUAAUUAUAUUUCAAAGACCGUGGUCGUACUCGAUACACGAUUGAACGAAAUCGGCUCGAUAGAAAAUAAUUGCAAAGAUUGGUCUUAAAAUCACAAUUAAACGGUUUUAUGUCUUUAUUGUUUUGACUUAUGGGUCUGCAAUUAAAAUCACAAUUUCAAAACAUUUAUAUCUAAACCGUGGUCGAGUUAAAUAUUACACUAAUAAUCCCCUAUUUUUUAUUUAAAUAUUUUUCUUUUAUUCCCUUGCCCAGGCCCAGUAACAUGCGACAGUGCUAUCUCAUUUACUCCGAUACAAAUAGACAGUGUGCGCGCUUUAGGUAUUGACAGCCUCUUAAAGCCAAACGUGAUGUAAAUGUAGUAAUCAGUAUGUUUUUGUGCCAAAUUCUUGUACCUAAUGUAUAUAGGUUUUAUCCACCAUUCUUCCUACGUGUAUUUUAUAUAUAAGUUUAAUUAUUAAAUUAGUCAUUACAAAAUAGAAAAGAUUCGUGCCAAAGAUAAUUUCGUGGUUAAAUAUUGCCAAAUACCUAAUUUAUGUCAUAGAACUAAAUACUUAUUAGUAGGUUUUUUAAUUGUUUUACUUGAUAUUACACAUCACAUCUCUCUCACAUCAUCAUCAUCACCAUCAUCAUCAUCUCUUGCACAUGAGAGGAGGCCUGUGCCCAGCAGUGGGACGUAUAUAGGCUGAAUUAUUAUUUAUUAUUAUUUUUACUUGAUAUUAUAUUUUUGUAGUAUUCUGUUUCUCCGAUGUCCUCAAGGUUAUUUAGUACCUAUCUUCUAAAUUAAACAAUAAGUAAUAUAAGGUGUAACAAAAAUAGUGGGAGUCUGUUAAAAGGCAUAUUCAGUAUCGCGUUAUGAUUAGGAAAAAGUAGAAGAAAAAAUGUUUGGUCGAAAAAAGUGUUGGCAGGCCGUCCAAGUCGGUCAACCCUCCAUACGAAGGCCAAACAUUUUUCUGGUAAUUUUUUUUUCUAGUUUUUACUAACCAGAACACGAUACCGAAUAUGGCCUUAAACGGAUCACCACUAUUUUUGUUACAUCAUGUAUAGAAAGUCAAUAAAAUAGUAACAUUAAUCACAAACGAACAACAGUAAGUCUGGUUUAAAAUAAGCUAAAUUAAUAAAUUAGGACAAACACAAAAUAGGUAUUUUAAGCAAAAAUUUUAUACACAUUUUUCAUGUAUUGUAAUAAUAAUGACAGAAGUUGAAAUAUUAUUUGUCAUGGUGAUUUUUAGUUUAAUUGAUUGUUGUAAGUUUCGUGUGUAAUUGUUUUAGGGAUAUUUUUUUAAAUCCAGUUUAUUUUUAUAGGUUAAAACAACAGGGUGCCUCAAUU